AUGGCGGAAUUCGUGCGUGCCCAGAUCUUCGGCACCACCUUCGAGAUCACCAGCAGGUACACCGACCUGCAACCGGUGGGAAUGGGGGCGUUUGGUCUGGUCUGCUCUGCGAAGGACCAAUUGACUGCGCAACCGGUCGCCGUCAAAAAGAUUAUGAAACCAUUUAGCACGCCGGUUUUGUCCAAGAGAACGUAUCGGGAACUGAAGUUGUUGAAGCACCUGCGCCAUGAAAAUAUCAUCAGCCUGAGCGAUAUUUUCAUUUCUCCGCUGGAAGACAUCUACUUCGUGACCGAGCUGUUGGGAACCGACCUGCACCGACUGCUCACCUCCCGGCCAUUGGAGAAGCAGUUUAUUCAGUAUUUCCUGUAUCAGAUUCUGCGAGGGCUGAAAUUCGUUCAUUCGGCCGGCGUUGUUCAUCGCGACCUCAAACCCAGCAACAUCCUCAUCAACGAAAACUGCGAUCUGAAGAUCUGCGACUUUGGACUUGCCCGUAUCCAAGACCCACAGAUGACCGGUUAUGUAUCGACAAGGUACUAUCGCGCGCCCGAGAUUAUGCUCACGUGGCAAAAGUACGACGUGGAGGUGGAUAUCUGGAGUGCAGCCUGCAUCUUUGCGGAGAUGCUGGAGGGAAAGCCUCUGUUCCCCGGAAAGGAUCACGUCAACCAGUUUUCCAUCAUCACAGAACUCCUGGGCACCCCGCCGGAUGAUGUGAUUGACACCAUCUGCAGCGAAAAUACAUUGCGAUUUGUCAAGUCGUUGCCCAAACGAGAACGUCAGCCUCUCGCCAACAAAUUCAAGAACGCCGACCCGGAUGCGGUCGACCUCCUGGAGCGGAUGCUUGUAUUUGCGCCCAAGAAGAGAAUCCGUGCCGGCGAUGCCCUUGCGCACGAGUACCUGGCCCCCUACCAUGACCCGACCGAUGAACCCGAGGCGCAAGAGAAGUUCGAUUGGUCAUUCAAUGAUGCCGAGCUACCGGUGGACACCUGGAAAAUCAUGAUGUACUCCGAGAUCCUCGACUUCCACAACAUCGAACAAGGCAACGACGCCGGUCAAGCUCUUGUCGAGGGGGUUGGGAAUGGCCAGAGCUUUGCAUGA